UUUGUCAGAAUUUCGUUUUUCGUUUUUCAGCUCCGGUUGUUGAUCUCUUGAUUUCCCAAACACGGAAGUCCCCACUUUUUAUAUUUCAGUUUUCUGUGUGCUCUACAGUUCUAUCUGCUCUUUUGUGCAAUACAGAUUAUUCAAUCAAUUAAGUGAUCAUCAUUUUGCAGUUUUACUCUCCGGAGCGCAAACAUGAGUAGAUUCGGAUCUCGCGUUGGGUCGUCGGACACCACAGCGGAAGGCGGAGGCGAUGCGGAUGACAAUCGAUCGGAUCAGCCGCGCAGCCGUUUUGGCAAUCGGGACGAUGGUAAUCGGGGCGGGGGAUCCCGUUUCGAAAGAAAUUCAGAGGACCGCGGCGGUCGCCAGCAGAAUCGGGGAGAUCGCGAACAGGGUGGUUUCCGUGGCAACCGUGAUGAGGAUCGGAGUGAUUUCCGUUCGGGCCACAACGAGCAUGACGACCGUAGCGAGCGACCGCCCCGGGGAGGAGAUGGCGACCGUGGGGAGCGGCCAGCACGCGGAGGAGAAAGCGGAGAAGGGCAAGAAUCUCGCCCACGACCAGUGAACUACGUUCCUCCAGAACGGCCAACGGAGCGUGAUGAUCUUCGGAAGAAACCCACCACAACAGGUCCCAAAACAAAAGGGAACGUUCCGAUUCCCGUCAGUUCACGUGUACGUGGUGACGGUAGCCAAGGGAAAGGGAACCAUUGUUUUGGAUAUCAUUUGAUUUGUAUUGUCGUACGUGACCAGUCGAGAUACCCGUCAGCAUUUUAUCCCAGCCGUUUAGUUGGAUGUCUACAGGAACACCGCGUCCUGUGCAGUUGGGAUACUACUUUAGUAGCAGAUCGACAGCGGUGGUGGUUCUGUCUGUUUGGUCAUGCGGAGAAAAUUCCUGACGCGUUUCUCUUGGACAUCGAAAAUAAAAUAUUAAAUUCAACACACUGUGAAGCUCAUCGCAAAUGGACUUAUGAUGAUUUAGAAUGUGGUCGGUCUGGUGAAUACUGGCGUAAUCGACCUUGUGAAGAUCCGCGUAAUCAGCUGACCAAUGAUACUAUUUUUACUACGGAAAACAUUGAGGGGAUUGUUAAAGGAUUCAAGGGGAUGGUUCUUGAUGAGCGAGCGGGGGUUUUUUUUCCAGACGUUUUACCUGGAAAAGAAUCCGCGAUUCUGGGAUUCGAUGUAUCGACUGGGACAUCCACGAAGGCCACUAAUGAAAAGCCUACGGCUUUUCUGAAACAGGAAACUUAUAAAAAAUAAGCUGUCAAUUUGUGGAUGAUAAUCAUCAGGUACUCCAUUAGCGUUUCGGAUUUACCGGAAUUUAUAUCGCCUUUAAUGGAUGGAUCGCUCAUCGACGUCGCGUUUUCAUUGUAUGGGUUAGUUGGCAGUUGUGGUAAAAUCAGCUACUUUUGACACAGUUUGUCGAUUGCAUUAUUAUGAUCCUGGACUUCUGUUUCCUUUUUUUUGCUGCUAAAACUUGGUUCUUUUUUUGUUAUUAUAUGCCCAGAUUGUUUGUGGAUUCUGAAUUCUGUGUUGCACUCCCUCUUUACAGUGCUUCUGCUGACAUCAGAUUUUGCAUUUCACUUGUUAAAAAAAUGUUACGAGAGAAGUGUUGUUUCCAAGCAAUGGUAUUAAAAUUAUUCUGAUUGA